AUGAUGAAGAAAGUGGCAAAGAAAAGUGACCAGAAAGAGCCGGAAGGAAGAGCCCUCAGUACAGCGAACCUAAAACAAGAUGACGAAAUGCAAGCCCAGAUGACACCUCCUUACAUAACAUACAUCAUCGAGGAGGAAGGUGUGUGCAGUGAGAGCAGCCCCGAGCCUGAGGAAGAUGACUUCCCUGAUGGUUACAUAGAGUGCGUCAUAAGCGGUGAGUUUUCUCAGCCCGCUUUGGAAGAGGAUUUGCUUUUUAAAUCCUUCGAAAACCUAGAGGAAGCUGAACACAACCUUUCUCACCAUGUUCUUGAAGAAAAUUCUCUUCUUGAAUGUUCUUUGGAAUACACGACAAAGGAAAUGACACAAGAGAAAAGUCAGGCCAAGGGAGAGCUGCCUCUGCAGAGAGUUGAAGAGAACUCAGAACUUGGCUGUUUUGAGUCCACGAGCAGCAGGCAGCUUCCUGUUGGAAAAGCAUCGGCGAUUGAUUUAUCGGGUCAUAAGCAGCUUGCAGGGUUUGCUGGAGAGAAGGAAAAGGGCAGUGAAUAUCUUGGUGCUUUAUCAAUGGUAGAGUGUCCUCACAGUGGGUGCAGGAAGCCACUGAGGGAUAAAAAUGCCCUGAGGAAACACAUGCUUGUUCACAGUCCAAGGGAGCAUGUGUGUGCAGAGUGUGGAAAAGGUUUUGCAGAGAGCUCGAAACUCAAGCGCCAUUUUCUGGUUCAUACUGGAGAGAAGCCAUUUCAGUGCACGUUCGAAGGGUGUGGGAAGCGCUUCUCGCUAGAUUUCAACUUGCGCACCCAUGUCCGCAUCCACACCGGUGAGAGACGCUUUGUGUGUCCCUUUGACGGCUGCGAGAAGAGGUUUGUUCAGUCAAAUAACCUGAAGACUCACAUCCUCACGCAUGCCAAGGCAGGGAAGAAAUGCUGA